AUGUUAAAGUAUAAGCUGUCCAAUCUAGGGAGGGAUGGCCAUUACGCAAUAAAAGGAGAGCCUUUUAGUAACCAAGAGAUUGCGCUGCUCAUCAGCGUCUUUUUUGAGCCCUUUGGGCCCUAUGGUGAAGCUGCUUUUGUUGAAAACAUUUGCCAUAAUGCGGCAAUAGAAGACAGUGUUGUGCCUUAUGAUUCCGAUGUUCUUAAAGCAGCUAAAGAAGGUGGGAAAGUAUGGGUUGAUUUUCUCAGCAGAAAGCUUCAAAAAUUAAAAAAGUUGCAGAUGGAAGUGGAAAUAGUCCGUUGGGAAAGCAUUAGAAAUACCAACAAAUUUUCCGACCAUCUUCAAACCGUUAAGGAGCUGGUAGAGAAAGACUCCGAUUACAAGGAUGAUUUAGAGCAAUCCAGAAAAAUAGUAUACGAACGCCGACUCACCAAAGCGCCUCCGGAAGAAAAAGCCUAUAAAAGCACUGAAGUCUAUCGGAAAAGAUUUAAUCUUCAUUCAGAUAAUUUUUUAAUUGAAGAAUCGGCAGGGUUUAUAGAGCUUCUGUUGAAGUAUCCCUCUAUUAAGGGCAUUAUGUAUGUAGCAAAACCCUUCCCGAUUUUUAAACGCAUUAUUGAACAUAUCAAUACGGAGCACAAAUUGGAUGUUUGCUGGCUAGAAUUGAAGCAUAGAGGUAACCCACAAUCCAAGCCGACUGUUUAUGAGUCUGAUGAACUGUCCACUGAAAACAUAACUCCUCUCAUCACCCUCCCUAAGUUGGCAUUCUUUAGUCCAAAGAGCAGGCAUAUUUAUAUGCGCUAUUAUUAUAAAGUG